UCAUUGAAUUAAAUUGCCAAUUUUAUAAUUUAAACUUGAUAUAAAUUCUUCUUUAAAAGUAAUUUCUGCAGCAAUCUGUAUUGUAAACACGUCAUUACAUGAGUACAAUGUCAUGAACAGCUGAUGGUGUGUACCCUGCUUAAUCGAGAGCAUGCCGUGUGAACAUCCCGCAAUGUCUCCUCUCCAUCGAUUACAUUGUCAUUUUUAUUUUCGUGUGGUUUAAGUUUUUAGUUUUUAAUGCGAAUAAUAUUACGGAAAACUAACAAAAAGUUAUAAAAAUUGUAAAAAAAUAUUAAAUCUCAAAGCUUAGCUUCAUGGUGAAAUGGAAAAAGGCUGGAAUAUUUAAACGGAACGUGUCCAAACAAGAAAAAAUCUAAAGUGAAAAUUUUGUCUGCCACCACCAACAAGAAGAAAAAAUAAACGGCGCCAUUUUAAAGAAAAGAAAAAACAAAGCAAAGCAGGCAAAUGCAUUAAGAAAAAACAAAAGAAUGUGUUUAAAAUAAAAGAAAAUAUAAAAGGCAGAGAGUGCACGAUAAAGAAGAAGAAGAAACAAAAAACAGAUCAAACAAAAGUGAAGUGUUGUAAAUUCGGUUUUGUGUUUUUAUUUCUUUAAUUAUUUUAAUUUUUUUGUGGACUGUGAGAAAAUUUUCACUUCUAUUUGUUCACAAAAAAGGAAAAGAAAAAAAUUCAAAGCAGCAGUUGCAACAAUCGAGUAUAGAUGAAUGUGUCCACAACAACAACAACAACAAGAGCAGCAGCAGAGCAGAUACAUGAAACUUAAAUUGUGAACAAGUUUUCCAAUAAAUAAUGAGCACAUCGAAUGAUGCAAAAACAAGGAAUGUUUCGGAUUUGCAGCAUCAGCAACGUAAAGAACAAACUACACACGAAAACAAGAAUGAACAUGAAAGCUCACAAAAAGAUAAUAAACAUAAAAAAAGACAUGAAAAGAAGAAAAUCACAAACAGCACAGCAACAGCAGCAUCAACGUCUUCGAGCUCAGCGGCGACAUCGAAUAGCAGGAGCAGCAGCAGCAGUAAACACAGCAUUAGUAACAGUAACAGCAGCAACAGCAGUCAUACCAGCACCAGUAACAGCAGUACCACCAGUAGCAACAGUAGUAACAACAAUAGCAACAGCAGCCAUCUCCAUAUUUCCAAUAUUGCAUUAGCCACGCAAUUCAGUAUACAACGUACCGAUUCGGAUGGUUGUUUGCGUAUGAAAAUAUCAGCGAUAAGACCUUCUACAACAGCAACAGGUGGGCAGAAUAAAAAGGUAGCAACUGCAACGGCUGUGGCUGCACCAAAAGACCAAGGAGAAGCAAAACUAGUAAAUAUCAGCCAUAGCUUAGAAUCAAUUAAAUUGAAAAUUUCUCCACCACCACCGCCGUCAACGUCAGCCAAUAAACAAACAACAUCAUCAUCAUCAUCAUCCGGUGUUGGAGAGAGUAAACGAAAUAAGUCUGAAGAAAAAAUGAAAACAUUGCUAUCAACACCACCAACAGCAUCGACAUCAUCCACGACGACUACUACGACGAUGAUGACAACAACACCAAUGUCUGUCAUUGUGAGUCCAUGUGCCGUUAGAGAGAAGAAUGAUUUAUCAUUGGCAUCACUGAUUCCAUCACUGACAAAAACCACAAUGGCUGGUGGUGGGGCGGAGAGUGAUAUUACCGAUUCUGGUUGCUCAGAGGCUACUAAUACAACAAUUGCAACCACUGGUCCCGAGAAACCCUCCAAGAGAAAAGUAAAACGAAAAAAAGCUUUGCUGAAGGGCGCCCUCGAAGCCAAGCGUACCCUAAAGACAUUGAAAACCCUCAUUAAUUCUCAGCAAAACAAUGCAUUUUCAACGGAUUCAGAAGAUGAUGAACCUUUAUCGAAUAAAUUGCUGCCAAACGUGGCAGCGGCAGCUGCAGCAGCAACAACAACACAAAGGGCUCCACGUUUGCUACUAACCGCAGUGGGUGUUAAACACAAUUCAAAUAAUAUGCUGGGCAGUCAAUUGUUAGCUGGAUUAACCUUGAAUUCUUCCACUACCGGUGGUGGGGGAGUUGGUGGAGGUAGUGAUCACAUUGGUCUAUCCAGCAGCGAUAACGAUUUACCCAAUAUAAGGGCAGCUGUUGAAAGAGUGGUAGGUGAUUCGGAUGAUGACGACGAUGACGAUGUAAUGUUAUCCCAUUAUCCCAAGGCCAAAACGAAAUAUCAAUCAACAUUACUGCAAGAUUUCAAUGAAAAGACUCAAAUGUUGGGUCAAAAUUCCAAAUCAUCCGAAAGCGAACCCCCCAAAAUAUCACAAGUGAUGGCCCAGCAUGAAAUACUGGCCCACAUCAACAGUAAUUCUCAGUCGGAGAGUGUGGCCUCGUCGUCGGCAAGUGUGGUGAACAAAAAACGUAGAGGUAGACCCAAAAAACCCGAUAAACCACCACCACCGCUUCGAGAUGUGACACAAAAUUCAAUGUCAUCCUCAUCACCGCUUCACAAUAUGCUGCCACACAAAGUGGCGAAUAUAAAUGAAUCGGCUGACUCGGGGGUCAUAUCCACCACAAGUAUAUCGACGCAAAGUACAUCACCACAUCCCUGCACAACACUGGCUUCAUCGGCAUCUGGUAAUGAUGCCACUUCCUCCCCACAUUCUCCCAAUAAAACUGUUAAUAAUACGCCCGAAAAGCAGCACCAGCAGCUCAAUGAGACUGCAUCCUCUUCAAGUACAAGCAAACCUAAAAUUGAUAUUGCCCUGCUGGACAAACGUAUGUAUGCCACCGAAAGAGUCCUUUAUCCUCCGCCCAGAAAUAAGCGUAGACAAUCAAUGAGUGCUGCACUGGGGGGAGGGGGAGGUGCAACUAGCGAAAAAUGUCGCAACAAUGCGCCGGCAAACAAUUCCCAUCAAUUAACAGCCACAAAAGAUGAUUUGCAGCUAGACCCUGUGUGGCGAAAAAUCGAUGUAAAUCGUAAAUUUCGUCGUCCCAGUGUUUGCAGCACCACGGGUGGUGGCAACAGCGGGGGUGGCGGUGGUGGGGGUUAUAAAAGCGAUGGUGGUCUCACUGACACCGAUCGUCGUAGUAUACGGGAUCGCUCCAUUAAAUCCACAGUUUGUAGUAAAAUUUUGGCAGCCAAGAGUGGCUAUGUCUCCGAUUACGGUUCGUCAUCGUUUCGUGUGACCUCGAAACAUUCGAAACACUUCCAUAAUUCGGGUUACAAAAGUGAUGCUAGCUGUAAAAGUCGAUACAGCACCAAAAGUUGUGCCUCCCGCAAGUCACGAGCCAAAUCGUGCGGUUAUCGCAGCGAUUGUAAAGAAAGUGUUUUGGGCACCUCAUCGAAAUCCUCGAAAUUUCGUCGAAAACGACGCGCCUCCAUUAUGCCGAAAUCAACAAUGGGUUCGCUCAAAGACGAACAGGAUAUUUUACAGCUGGCCGGUUUAUCUUUGGGUCAGAGCAGUGAGGAGUCCAAUGAAUAUGUUUGUAAGCCAUCAUUGGAAAAAUUACCCACCACCAGUGCCAGUAAAAAGUAUGGGGAAAUAAAUCGUUAUAUAGCGACGGGGGAAUAUUUUGGUCGAGGAUCAUCAAGUAAAUCUUUUGCCAGUCUGAGCAGCAGUAAUCAGGCGAAAAUAUUUGAUCUAUCCUUGGAUUUGCCCGGCACACCCACGCAAGCCAAAAUUGCGUUACAUCAGCGUAAAAAUUCAACAACUUCCGAAUUUGCCCAUGAUUUGUUAAUGCAGUUGCCGGUGGCACAACAUCCGGCCCGUAAGAUAAAAUCACGGCGCUCCUCGGUGGCCAGUUAUUGCAGUUCAUUUUAUUCGGUGGGCACCACCAAAAUUCGGAAACGACGACGAAAGAAACUUUUUCGUUUCCACAAUUCUUCGUCAAGUAAAAAUUCUGUUAUCGAUUCGAAAUUACUAACGGAAAUAGAAAUACUCACCAAUACAUUUGCCUCACGAUGUCGAAUACAAACAACAACAACAACGGCAGCGGCGGGAAUAAGUGACAAGGUUUCAGCGGCGAGUGGUGGUAAUGUUUCGCUCAAGGAAAAACUUAUGGCUGAGGCUAAUAAACUAAAGCAAAGUUUUGCGGCUGCUGCGGCCGCGGCCCAGGCAGCAUCAAGUUCUAACACGGCGUCAUUGCCCUCCAACACGGUCAGUAAAAGAGGAGAUGCGCGUGACAAGAAAUCCCUUAAGAAACGAAAAAUGUCCGAGAAUCUUGACUUUGCCAUGCUUUCGGCAAGGGCAGAAGGUAGCGCCGCCACCCCGUCGGGGACACCACACCAAGGAACAUCCUCCUCCUCCAAGAGACGACACAAAAAGGCAAGCAGUUCUAGUCCCGACGAUCACAAACUGCCACUGAAAAAGCGUCAUUAUCUGCUAACGCCGGGAGAAAAAUCCAGUGAAGUUGCUGUGGCAGUGGCGGCAAAAUUAUUUGCCAAUAACUCGGAGGCAUGGGCGGCAGCUGCAGCGGCAGCCAAAACCACCGCAAAUACAAAAUCUCAACAGCAAUUCAAUGCCCGGACAGCAAAAGCGAAUUUGACACCAAAGAAGCGACAUCUACUGCAACAACACCAGGGUCACCAUCAUCAUCAUCAUCACGCCCCCCAUUCGAUAAGUGAAGACUCGAGUAGCAAUAAAACUGGUAGCACACUAUCACCCCUACGCGUGGCUGUGGGUGACUCCAUCAGCGGUGGCAAACUACUGGACAUAAGUCCCCAGUCCUUAAAUAGCCUCAAACAAGUCACCGAAGCUGUUAACAAAAAAAGGUCCCGCCUGGAGGGCUUGGUAUCACGCAUAGCUACCACCAACCAUCAGGGCGAUGAAGUGGGUGCUGGAAAAAAUAAAUCUCAAUUAUCAUCUACUCUGCAAAUUGAAUCGGAAUCAUCUUCCUGUCCACCGCCGGGCGUAUUUGAACCUUCCGUUGAGUUAGAGAUUCAAAUUCCUCCCAUGGCCAAGUUAAGCGAUUCAGCAACGGGUAUUAUUACCAAAUCGGAAAUUGAGUCGCCUCUGCUUAUGGACAUAAAUAAGAGCUAUGAGGUUGUGCCACCCAAAAGCAAUGGUCAACGCGGGGUUGUGGAAUCAUUGCUUAACAAAACCGGCGGCAAUUUGAUAUUGAAAAGAAAACGUAAGAAAAUAAACCGCACUGGAUUUCCAACGGUAAGGCGCAAAAAACGUAAGGUCCAGGAAAAUCUAGGCUUGGAUGAUGUUACUGCUGAUAAUGAGGAGGGGGAUCAUCGACUGGACUCCUCUCCCGCCAAAGUUUCACCAACCGUAGGUUCUUUAACUAACCACCCGGCCAAAAAGUGUGAUCGUGUACCCCAGGAAGGUGAGACAUCACAAACAUUUAUGGAACGUAACAAUCGUACGCCACGGCUGUCGGUGGUGGCUCUCGAAAGACUACAGGAAUCUCCACAAACAAAUAGGGAAAAAACGGAAAGAGCUGAAGCGACCAAGGAUCAAAAUGCCAAGACUGAACAGCCAACUACACCCAAGUCAAGGCAUGGAAGGCGUGAGGUGAAAAGGAAACUAGAUAAACAAGAAAAGGUGGUGGUGGAUGUCAGUUCCACUGUGGUUCAAAAGUUGUCCAAAUCCCUGCCAGCAAAAACGCUUGACGAUGAUGAUGAUAAACCGUUGGCCUCAAGAGCCCGAAGACGCUCUAAACCCCUUAAAGAAACAAAGGCAAGUAAUAAGGAAGCCACUGGAGACAUUACAACAACUAAACGCAAAGCACCUUCGGCCAUAUCAAAAACGGUAAAAUCUCUAUUAGAUGCCAAUAUCAAAUUACCGGCUGGCAUCGAUCCCAGCUCCUUGAUGAGUUGUAAAAUCAAACUGAAGCGUCGUAACUCCAUACACCCCCUUGCCAUAACAGCAAAAUGCCAGACUGUUGCCCCAAGACCGUCUCUGCCCAUAGAAAUCGAACCAACCCUGGAGGAAAUAGAACUAGCAGCAGCAGCCAAAGAUUGCAAUCUGAACUAUGAGGAACAUGAUGUUUUACCUUUGCAUGAAAAUCUCCACUAUGUGAGUACUGAAGGAGCCGAACAAAGUGAUACCAGCGAGGAGAAAAUAUCAACGUACUCAUCGUCGUCUUCCAAAAAAUCGAAGCUGGGCAAGAAAACCUAUUUGGUUGCGGGAUUAUUUUCGGAUUAUUUCAAAGUUACUCCGGUAGCGGGCAGUAAUGGGAAUAACAGUGGCAACAAGAAGGGUGCCAAUAAGAAAGACGGCAGUGGAGAUAAAAAGACCGAUGGAGAUAACAAACAUUUGGGGGCUGGCGAUAAGAUUGCAGAAGCAAAAGAUGCCAAGGAAGUCAUUGAAACGAUGGCAGUAACGCCUACUUUGCCUCCACCACCCUAUUGUGAACGGUAUUUUCGACGUACCCAAUAUGAUUUUGAAUUACCCUAUGAUAUAUGGUGGGCCUAUACCAAUUCCAAACUGCCGUCGCGCAUCACCGUGGCCUCAUGGAAUUUCCGGAAAAUACGCACCAACAUCUAUGCCGAAAAUGUAAAACCACCACCGAUUGCAGCCUACGACCAUCCCAUGUGUAAUUGUAAACCCGACAUGGGAUGUGGUGAUAACUGUCUAAAUCGCAUGGUCUACACCGAAUGUUCGCCCUCGAAUUGUCCCACGCGCGAAAAGUGUCGCAAUCAGAAGAUACAAAAACAUGAAAUUGCACCGGGUGUGGAGCGUUUUAUGACCGAAAACAAGGGAUGGGGUGUACGCACUAAACUGCCCAUACCCAAGGGCACUUACAUCCUGGAAUACGUUGGUGAGGUGGUUACCGAGAGAGAAUUUAAAGAUCGCAUGGCCAGUAUUUAUCUCAACGACACCCAUCACUAUUGCCUGCAUCUGGAUGGUGGUCUGGUCAUUGAUGGCCAUCGCAUGGGUAGCGAUUGUCGUUUUGUCAAUCAUUCGUGUGAGCCAAAUUGUGAAAUUCAAAAGUGGUCUGUCAACGGGCUGUCACGUAUGGCCCUCUUUGCCAAGCGACCGAUACAGGAGGGCGAGGAGUUGACAUACGAUUAUAAUUUUUCGCUCUUCAAUCCAUCGGAAGGUCAACCGUGUCGUUGCAAUACGCCCAAUUGUCGCGGGGUGAUUGGUGGCAAGUCACAGCGCAUUAAACCGUUGCCCGUGGAGGCGAAGACGCCCAGUGAAACACCGUCGAAGGGCGAUGCCAAGGGCCGACAACGAAAACGUAAAGCCAAGAAGAAUACCCAAAAACAAACGCCAAAAGAUGCACCGACACCAACCCGAAUGCAUCCUCUGUCCGAGAGAGAGCGAAAAUUUGUCAAACAAUAUUCAAUAUUUUUGAUAAGGAACUUCGAAAAGAUACGAGCAAAAACUAUGCUACGUAAAGCGGCCGAUAGAGCAGAAACACAAACACCCUCAACAACGCCGGCAACGAGUCCCAGCCCUUUAAUGCCGGGCGCCAUAUCCCAAAGACGUCCCUCAACACCAGCAUCAUUGGCGGCCCAGAUAACAGCCUUGUGCACAGCUCGAAAUAUUAAAACACGCGGUCUAACAUUGGCCGUGCAGGAUCCUGAACUCGAGAAAAUGGCAAAAAUGGCCAAGAUCUUGCGGGACAUUUGCACAAGUCUGGAGGCCGUGAAGAAUCCCGAGAAUAAUCUCUCUCUGGUAUCACUGACCUUAUCAAAUUCCACUUUGGCAGGGGCCAAUAAAAAGAAAAAAGCCUCCCUGAAGAGUCAACAGAAAGCCGAGCUCCACGAUUUCAAAUCAAUACAAAGUAAUGUUGAGCAAGGUUUCUAUAAACAGCCAAGUGAAUUCAAUAUGGAUAUGGAAAAACUCUUCAAGGACACACGAAUGUUGCUGGAAAAAAAUGAUGCGGCAAAGCUGCAGCUAUUGGAAGCGCUGGAAAAAUCCUUUGUGGAGGAAAAACAAAAACAAUACUCAGCCUUAUUGGAAAUACUUGGUGAUGAAGCAUUGCUCAAAGAUUUCCGAGAACCAUUGGCAGCAACCCCAACUACUCCAGCACAGCAAGAUGAGCAAAACAACACAACAACAACAGAUCACAAUCCCUCAAUGCCUUGCUCCUCCUCCUCCUCCACGUCAAAUGAGGACAUAAUACGUUGUAUAUGUGGCCUAUUCAAGGACGAAGGUUUGAUGAUACAAUGUGCCCGCUGCAUGGUAUGGCAACACACCGAAUGCACCAAAGCCGAUGUGAAAGCCGACAACUAUCUCUGUGAACGUUGCGAACCACGUGAAGUGGACCGAGAAAUACCCUUGGAUGAUUUCACCGAAGAGGGCCAUCGUUAUUAUCUCACCUUGAUGCGUGGCAAGGACUUACAGGUGCGUCAGGGUGAUGCUGUUUAUGUUUUACGUGACAUACCCGUCAAAGAUGCGGGCGGUAAUGUGGUGCCCACACAGAAGCAUACCUACGAGACAAUUGGCGGAAUCGAUUACAAUGAAUGCGAUAUUUUUCGCGUUGAACGUUUGUGGAAAGACGACAAGGGAGAACGUUUCAUAUUCGGUCAUCAUUUUCUACGUCCACACGAGACAUUCCAUGAGCCAUCACGUAAAUUCUAUCCCAACGAAGUGGUUCGCGUUCCCCUCUACGAAGUUGUACCCAUUAACUUGGUCAUUGGCCGUUGUUGGGUUCUGGAUCGUACGACAUUUUGUAAGGGACGUCCGAUCGAGUGCAACGAUGAGACGCACUGUUUCAUAUGUGAGUUGCGGGUGGAUAAGUCGGCGCGUUUCUUUUCCAAGGCGAAAACAAAUCAUCCGACUUGUACAAAAAGUUAUGCAUUUCGUAAAUUCGAUGAGAAGUUGCGAAUAUCGAAAACGUAUGCGCCACACGAUGUUGAUCCGGCUUUGUUAAAACCCCGUAAACAAAAGACUGACAGUGAAUGUCCAAGCAUAGCUUCGAGUUCACCAGCAGUAGCUGCUGAAAAUAAUGUUGUUGGUGGAGGUCAUACAACAAAGCAGUUGGAUACGAAUAAAACACCACAAAGCUCAAACAAAUCGAAACGGCAAAGUAGCAAGAGUCCAGCGACAGUUAUUGCAACAACAACUAUGACGAUACGAACUGCCGCCUCACCAAAAAUUACCCUCAAAGAGAAACGUUCGCAUUUGGAAAAUGUUUUGAAAUCCCUCAAACUACGUCAAAAACUUACAAAACCAAUGGCAAACAAUAACGAAACACCAUUAGAUUUGUCCUAUUUAUUGUCAGGACGUGGAGCUCGCCAGCGAAAAACACCACUUGCAAUACGAAAAGAUUUUGUUUAAUGCUGCUUCGUCCAUGGAAGCAUAAAUGCUGCUGAAAGGAAAAUUAAAAACAAUAACAAACAAAUUGUAAAAUAAACACCCUUUUUUUGUAACAUAAAUUUGAGAUUUAUAAUUAAGAUAAUCAAAUCUAUAUACCUAACAAAACCACACACCCACAUCCACACUAAAACGACACGCUUCUACUAUCAAUUUUACAUAAAUUAUGUAUGUAUGUAUUUUACAAAUUAGACAUUAUAACACUUUUUUAGUAUAGAAAGAAAGAGUUUCGAAAUGAUUGCAAAAAUAAGAAACAUUUACAUUAGGGAACUACAAAAUUGUACAUUUUAUUAGGUAUUUCUUUUUUUUUUAUUUAUUGAUCUUAGUCUAAGAUUAUAUAUAUUAAGAAUAUGAGUCGUCUUCUUCUGUAUACACACUGCACGUGAUCAAGAAUCAAAUCGAAAAGAAACCCAACAAAUCAUCCUUUUAUGAUGUUUAAUUUGGUAUUUUUUUAUUCUCAGAACAAAUAUCAUUUCCCAGUUUUAGUCUAAUUUUCAGCAUCGAAAAAAAACAUUGGUUUUCUCUCCAAAUUGUUGGCUAUGUAAAAAAAAAAAAACAACUCAAAUGCCCAACCCUUUUAUUUUUAUACCCUCCACCAUUUGUCAUUCCCUUUGUAACAUCUCGAAAUAUACAUUUUAGACCCCAUAAAGUAUAUAUAUAUAUUCUUGAUCAGCAUAAAUUUCUAUGUCGAUUUAGCGAUGUCCGUCCGUCUAUCCAUCUGUCCGUCUGUGGAAAUCACUCUAGCUUCCAAACGAAUUGUUAAAGUAGAUUGAUAAAAAUUUUCUCAAAUGUAUAUUAUGCAAACCAUGUUGGGAUAAACGCUGAUUGGAUUGUUAUUGAUUUCACUAGUGGCCAACCAGUUUGGAAAAUAAAUUCAUUGGAGUGGAGUAAUCUGGCAAAUCAUUUUGAAAAAUAAACUUAUUGGACUUGAGGUCACUUUCUACGAAUUUACCUUAAUUUGGAGUACAACCUGGCUUUUUGUAUCCAGAGGAUCGCCAAUGCUCUCUACAACAUAGGAGAGCUCGCUUGACAGUCCAAAAAAUGUAUAUUAUUUCUGCAGGACUUUUGGUAUUGAAAAUUUGCCAUGUGGGUCCGCGUUUUGGUAUAGCCCCCAUAUAACGGUACUCUCCGAUAUUCGGUAUUUUAAUGAUUUUAGCGACAUUAUUCAUCCGAAUUGAUUCAAAUUUGGUAUUUAAAGUUCGUAAUGGAUACUACAGCCUAAGAUAGAAAAUUGCCUGUGCAGGUCCACGUCUUCGUAUAGCCUCCGUAUAACGUUACCUCCCGAUAUUCGGUAUUUUGAUGAUUUUAGCGACAUUAUUCGUCCGAAUUGAUUCAAAUUUGGUGAUUUGAAGUUCGUAAUGGAUACUACAGCCUGAGACAGAAAAUUGUCUGUACAGGUCCACGUCUUCGUAUAGCCUCCGUAUAACGUUACAUUAUUCGACGAUUUUUUUUUUCAAGAGACAGAAAAUUGUCUGUACAGGUCCACGUCUUCGUAUAGCCUCCGUAUAACGUUACAUUAUUCGACGAUUUUUUUUCAAGUUUCGCAUUUGAAUAUUGUAAUGGCUUAUGACAAAAAUUACCUAUGCAGGUCCAUGUCGUCGUAUAGACCCUAAUAUAACAGUUACAUUUAGUAUUUUUAAGAUUUUAACAGAAUUUCCAACGGAUUUUAUUGUUUUUGAGAAUUGUCAAAUUCGUUCCAAAUGGUGGAGGUUAUUUAAAGUUCGGCCCGGCCGAACUUACAGCUUUUUUACUUGUUUCUUCUUCUGAAAAAAGAUUAUUGUUUUUAAAAUGCCUUGUUUUUUUUUUCAAAUUUUACAAUAUUUUAUACGAUUUUUAUACGCACUCACAUGAUCAUGAUGAUGACUACAUAAUAAUUAUUAUAUGAUUUAUUGACUUUAUAUGGAAGAUAUACCUAUAUCGGUGGACUUUGUUUUAAACAAAAUUUAUUAACAAUAAUUGUGCUUAUUAUUUAUUUAAUAUUUCUCUUAUAUACAUACACAUAAUAUGUAUAUUGUUUUUUUUAUAUUUAGUUUUUAAAUUUAACAAAAGAAAAAUCAAAGGGUUAGUAUUCGAAACUAACUUGAAAAAAUUAUAGGAAAUUUUGUUUGUAAUUUAUUUGCCCGUACAACUUCAACACACCCACACCCAAUUAUCAUGAAUUUAUUAUAUUUAUAACAACUCUUGUUUAACAUUUAAUGCUGUAAUAUAUUGAACAUACUUCUCCAACCCCUUUCCACAAUUUUAGGUAUUAUUACUUUGCUCUUUAUUGAACUAAUGUUGUGUUAUUGCUGUUUAUUAUAAUUUUUUUUUUUUUUUGAAUUUAGCUGUUUUUUUUUUCUUUUUAUUCUGAACCUAUUUUUUUUUUUUUUGAAUAUAGUUUUAUUUUUUUAUACACCAUAGUUUUUCUACUUAGUUAUUUUUAAGUAGCACAUUUUUUCUCCAAUAAUAAUAAUAAUAAUAAAAUUCUGCAAAACAUGGUUUAAUGCA